CGCAAAGUUGCAGUGUCUUCUUCCGUGUCCCUUUUCUAUGUAUCCUAAUACUGGAAAUAUUAUUCGAAUGCGAAGGAACGUGCAGAUAGAAACCUAACUUUCAGUGUUUCUGUUAAUAAAUGACAAGUGAUCAAGUGGGAAAAUUUAGUUGUACGAUGGCAACAUUAAACGAGUACAUUUGUCAACUAUCUGAGGAGGAGAAGGCGUACGUGCGGGAUAAUUUAAAUGAAUGUGACGAAACCAGGCCAAUUAAAAUUGCUGAAAUAAAACAGUGGAUAACGGAGAAUGAAGAAUUGCACGUGCCGACUGAUGAUUUUGUCAUUCUUCGUUUUCUGAGAGCGUGCAAAUUUAAUACAGAGAAAGCGAAGUGCAAAUUACGAAAUUAUUACAAGCAGAGAGCGUGCGUGCCCGAAUGGUACAGCAACAGGGAUCCUUUUCUACCAGAAUUACAGGAAUUAUUUGAUCUUGGGGUACUUUUACCUUUAAGGAAAUUAGAUAACGAGGGCAGAAUGAUUGUAAUAGUGCGUACAGCUGUGCACACUCCAAGUAGGCACAAAAUGUCAGACAUGUUGAAGGUAGCAUUGAUGACUCUGGAUCUAGCGUUACGAGAUCACGAAUCCGUGACGAUUUACGGUAUCACGGCUAUCUUGGAUAUAGGUGGCAUGACAUACGAGCACGUUCUCCAAUUACCGCCGAAUGUCAUUAAAAAUCUAGUUCAUGCAUGGCAGGGUUGCUACCCUGUUAGAAUCCAUUCUUUGAAUUUUAUCAAUGCUCAUAAAUUCGUGAACGCGAUUUUGAAUAUCUUCAGAAGUUUCAUGAUCACGAAAUUGAAACAGAGAGUGCACGUACAUGCGCGUGGUAAAUUAAAAUUAUACGAAACUCUGCCGAUAAGUAUUUUACCAGUAGAGUAUGGGGGUACGGAUGGUACAGUGAAGGAAUUAAGCGAGUAUUGGAAGAGGACAGUGAAGGAGAACAGUAAAUGGUUCGCCGAGGAAGAAAAUUACAAAUUGAUGUUGAUUAAGUAACUAGAUUGACUCUAAUUUGUGAUAA